CGCUCCGCUCCCUCCGCCCCGCUCGCACUGUUUGGGAGCAACCGGCCGAGCCAGCGGCGCCCCGGCCCCGCCAGCGCAGCGCGGACCGGCCGAGCGCACCCAGCCCGGCGCGACUCCCGGCGCUCUCCCUUCCCUCCUCGCCAUGUCCCUCAAGCAAGCGGCGGCGGCGGCGCAGCCCGCCGGCAACAACCGCAAGCCCCCCGGCGGCGGCGGCCCCGGCCUCCCGUCAGCCGCGGGGAGGCAGAACAUGGGCAGAGGCCGCAGCAGUGGCAAAGGACCACCUCAGCCUACGAUUUCUUUUGAUGGCAUCUAUGCAAACAUGAGAAUGGUUCACAUACUCACAUCAGUUGUUGGAUCCAAAUGUGAAGUACAGGUGAAAAAUGGUGGUAUAUAUGAAGGAGUUUUUAAAACCUACAGUCCUAAGUGUGAUUUAGUGGUUGAUGCUGCUCAUCGGAAAACUGCAGAAUCCAGUCUGGGGCCAAAACGGGAGGACAUCCUUGAGAGUAUCUUGUUCAAGUCUUCAGACUUUGUUAUGGUGCAUUUUAAGGAUAUGGAUACCAAUUAUGCCAGAAGAGAUGCUUUUACUGAUUCAGCCAUCAGUGCUAAAGUUAAUGGAGAGCACAAGGAGAAGGAUCUGGAACCAUGGGAUGGAGGAGAGAACACGGCUUCCGAGGAGCUGGAGGCACUGGAGACCGAUGUCUCUAAUGGAUGGGAUCCCAAUGACAUGUUUCGUUACAAUGAAGAAAAUUAUGGUGUAGUGUCAACUUAUGACAGCAGUUUAUCUUCUUAUACGGUGCCAUUAGAAAGAGAUAAUUCAGAAGAGUUUUUAAAGCGGGAAGCCAGAGCAACUCAAUUAGCAGAGGAAAUUGAAUCAAGUGCCCAAUACAAAGCUCGGGUUGCCUUGGAAAAUGAUGAAAGGACAGAAGAAGAAAAAUAUACUGCUGUUCAGAGAAAUGCUAAUGAAAGAGAAGGACAUGGUGUGAACACUAGAGAAAAUAAAUACAUUCCACCUGGACAGAGGAACAGGGAUGUCCUGUCCUGGGGAAGUGGAAGACAAAACUCACCGAGGAUGGGCCAGUCUGGAUCAGGCCCACCAAUCUCAAGGUCUGGGUCCCACACUUCAGAAUUCAGCCCUAACUCUGGAGCAGAUCAGAGAGUAGUUAACGGAGGUGUUGCCUGGCCAUCGCCUUGCCCAUCUCCUUCCUCUCGCCCACCUUCUCGCUACCAGUCAGGUCCCAACUCUCUUCCACCUCGGGCAGCCACCCCUACACGGCCGCCCUCCAGGCCCCCCUCGCGGCCCUCCAGGCCCCCGUCUCACCCCUCUGCUCAUGGUUCUCCAGCUCCUGUCUCUACUAUGCCUAAACGCAUGUCUUCAGAAGGGCCUCCACGGAUGUCUCCAAAGGCUCAACGGCACCCUCGAAGUCACAGAGUCUCUACUGGUAGGGGUACAAUUUCAACUGGCUUAGAAUUUGUAUCUCAUAAUGCACCUGGGGAAGCAUCUACUGCUGCAGUGGCACGAGGCAGCCCUUCAGGUGGGACGUGGUCAUCAGUUGUCAGUGGGGUUCCGAGAUUAUCCCCUAAAACACACAGGCCUAGGUCUCCAAGGCAGAGCAGCACUCCCAUGGGACCAGCUCUGCCUUCUCCUCAGCCUGGUACUAUUCCCACUGAAUCUGUUGCCAUGCCUGUUCCAGCUGCCUCUCCUACACCUGCCAGCCCUGCAUCCAACAGAGCAGUCACCCCUUCCAAUGAAGCUAAAGAUACAAGGCUUCAGGACCAGAGGCAAAAUUCUGCAACUGGAAACAAGGAGAAUAUAAAGCCAAGUGAGACUUCUCCUAGUUUUUCUAAACCUGAAAACAAAGGUGUCUCUCCAAUUGUUUCAGAGCAUAGAAAACAGAUUGAUGAUUUAAAGAAAUUUAAGAAUGACUUUAGGUUACAGUCCAGUUCCUCUUCAGAUGCAGUGGAUCAGCUGCUAAACAAAACCCGAGAAGGUGAAAAAUCAAGAGAUGUAGUUAAAGAAAAGACAGAAUCUACCCCUAAAGAAUCUAUCAUAGAAGCUGGCAGUAACACCAACUCCAAUGGUGGCAGUAGCAAACCCAACAGUCCCAGUAUUUCUCCUUCCAUGAGUAACAGCUCUGAGCAAAAGCGAGGGCCUGAGGUGACCUCCCAAGGUGUACAGACAUCUGGGCCUGGAAGUAAACAAGACAAAGAGGAUAAAGAGGAGAAGAAGGAUACUUCUGAGCAAGUUAGAAAAUCAACACUUAAUCCUAAUGCUAAAGAGUUCAACCCUCGUUCUUUUGCUCAACCGAAACCUUCUACUACACCAACCUCCCCUCGUCCUCAAGCUCAGCCCAGCCCCUCCAUGGUGGGGCAUCAGCAGCCAACCCCCGUGUACACUCAGCCUGUUUGUUUUGCACCAAAUAUGAUGUACCCGGUUCCAGUGAGUCCAGGCGUGCAGCCUUUGUAUCCUAUUCCCAUGACGCCCAUGCCAGUGAACCAAGCCAAGACAUAUAGAGCAGGUAAAGUACCAAAUAUGCCCCAGCAGCGGCAAGACCAACACCACCAGAGCACCAUGAUGCAUCCUGCCUCAGCAGCAGGCCCUCCAAUUGUAGCUACUCCACCUGCUUACUCUACACAAUAUGUUGCAUAUAGCCCCCAACAGUUUCCUAAUCAGCCUCUUGUGCAGCAUGUGCCACACUACCAAUCUCAGCAUCCUCAUGUUUAUAGCCCUGUAAUACAGGGCAACGCUAGGAUGAUGGCCCCACCAGCACACGCACAGCCGGGUUUAGUAUCUUCCUCUGCAACACAGUACGGUGCGCAUGAACAGACACAUGCUAUGUAUGCAUGUCCCAAAAUACCAUACAGCAAGGAGACAGGCCCUUCUUUCUACUUUGCCAUUUCCACUGGCUCACUUGCUCAGCAGUAUGCCCACCCUAAUGCUACCCUGCACCCGCAUCCUCCGCAUCCUCAGCCUUCUGCCACCCCAACUGGCCAGCAGCAAAGCCAACAUGCUGGAAGCCACCCUGCUCCAAGCCCCGUGCAGCACCACCAGCACCAGGCUGCCCAGGCCCUGCACCUGGCCAACCCCCAGCAGCAGUCGGCGAUUUACCACGCAGGUCUAGCUCCAACCCCUCCUUCCAUGACGCCAGGCUCCAACACGCAGUCUCCACAAAACAAUUUUCCUACAGCACAACAAACAGUCUUCACCAUUCAUCCCUCCCAUGUUCAACCUGCAUAUACCAAUCCGCCACACAUGGCCCAUGUCCCCCAGGCUCAUGUACAGUCAGGAAUGGUUCCUUCUCACCCAACUGCCCAUGCUCCAAUGAUGCUAAUGACGACACAGCCUCCCGGUGGUCCCCAAGCCGCCCUCGCUCAAAGUGCACUACAGCCCAUUCCAGUCUCGACAACAACACAUUUCCCCUAUAUGACCCACCCUUCAGGUGAGGAGUGUGUGCCCGGGAGACCUGCACCCUAACUGAGCCAGGUCGAGGAGUGAGGACUGGGAGAAACCAGAUCUUUUGGGGAAAAAUAAUCAUAAUUUUAAAAAAACGACAAAGAAAACCGACCAACCUUAAGAUGUCCUUGUGUUUCACAGCUGUGCUUUGGCAGCCUAGAGGAGCGUAGGUUUAGCUGGUGAGAUGUACCUAAUUCAGGGAAUGUUCAGGGAAUAUUUGUGCUUUUUCUCUAGCUGGAGUAGAGAAAAGGAGAAGUGUGAGCCACUGGCGCUGUGGGACUGAGUUUUCCGUGGAUUUGCCGUGGGGGAUGGACUGUGUGUAGUUUAUAAUGAUCAGAGGUUUGAUUAAAUCUCGAGCACAGGAGUGAAAUGUUGUGUGGGGGUAGGGCUGCUAGGCUGCUGGUAAAGUGACAACUGAAAUCUAAACUUUAAUUCAGAGUAACAUUCUGCAGCUUUGGGGGAAAAGUAGGAGUUGUGUGACUUCUUUCUGCUUUAAAUUUAACCUUUUUUAGGUUUCUUUGAUUAUUCAAGUUCAAACAGCCUCUGAAGUUCUUUAGUGAUUUAGUUUUACCUGAUGUUUCUUGGGGAACUUGUGAACAGAACAAAGCUGCUUUCUGAGGGUUUAGGUAGGGAAAAGAAAAAAAAACAUCCCAAGGACAUCUUGAUGUGCAGGGUUUUAUUUUGUUCUCUAAAAAAAUAAAGGAAAAAAUAAAAAUAAAGUUGAGCUCAGUAGUUGUCCUGUGACCACUUUACUAGCAAACUGUUGUGUGGCUUGCCAAUUUAUUAUUUACAUUUGAACUUUUUUUUUACAGUACAAGCCCACCACCAACAGCAGUUGUAAGGCUCAUCUGGAAUAACUGAAAGGCUGGAUACCUUUUGUAGGCCAAAUACCCUCCUUCUACUGCUUCUGCCAACUGGAAGCACAGAAAACUAGAAUUUCAUUUUAUUUUGUUUAAAAAAAAAAAAAAAUUUGAUUUCUUGUAACAUCCACUAGGAAUGCUAACAGUUCAUCUUGCAGUGGGAGAGAUUCGGACUGAGUAGAGGCAUUUAGGAACUUGUGGGCUAUUCCAUAAUUCCAUGCACUGUAUCUGAGUCCUGCAAGUGCCCCAACUCUGCUUGCUGAAAACUGGAAGUUAUUUAUUUUUUAAUGACCCUUCAAAGUUAUGAACUCGUCAGCUAGCAAAAGAAGUAACAAGAGUGAUUCUUGCUGCUAUUAUCACUAAAAAUCAAGACUUGGAGAUCCCUUUUACUUCUAACUAAACUUGAAAACAGGUUCAGUAAAAAAAAAAAAAAAUUCUAAUCGUCAAACGGAUGAGUUAUUAUUUAUAAAUCACGUUUGAUGAGAUAAUCACUAUCGUGAGACAGUGAUGUAACUUUUAAGUUAAGAAAACUUUUACUUUGUAGAUAAUAUAAAAUAAAAACUUAAAAAAAAAUUAAAAAAUAAAAAAAGUUUUAAAAACUGA